GGGUCGGAUCUUUCAACAGACGCCAAACUUUGUAUUGAUUUUGGCGAUGUAAUCGAUUGACUUUAAAGCCAGUGCACGAUCCAUCCCAAGCGAAAAGAAACAUAGAUUUCCAAAUAUUGAACGCUACUCUACAAUCUCUCUCGAAGAAAUGUGGGAAUCACCUCGCCCAAGCAUCAAGCCGCAGUUCGCCCCCCGCUCUCACAACGAUGUCUACCCCUUCAUUCACCCCAAUAAAUUCAGAGGCGCUCUCCUCGACAAGGUGACUAUCAACACUGGCUCUGCCGGGGCUAUAGGUCAAGCUCUCGCCGAGUCCUUCGCCGUCGCUGGUGCCAAACUGGUCCUGACAUAUAACAACACCCUACCGCCGACGACACUCAAGGAAAGAUGCCUCAAUCUGGGAGCUAGUGAUGUUAUCUUCACCAAGUGUAAUGUUGCUGAGCUCAAGGGCUGUGAGGAUCUGCUUAAACAGGCGAGUGUCACUUUUCGUGAUCCUGUGCAGUUCGAUUUGAUUCUGGAGAAACAUGUGGAAGACAUCCUAACCAACAAUGCUGGUGCGAACAGUUUGGGUCUUUUCGACACUCAACCUCCCAAAGCAUUCAUCCACGAGCUAGCCGUGAACCUCCACGGCCCUUACUAUCUCAUGCAUCUUCUCCUUCCCCACUUCAAGUCUCAACGCAGCGGCUGCGUCCUCAACAUUGCCUCGCGAGCCGGCACCGUGACCAUCCCGUACAGCACCGGCUACUGCACAAGCAAAGCAAGGCGGCGCUGAUCAACCUCACUGCUUGCGUGCGUCUUAUCGCUAGCACCCAACCAACACGCCCGGCCGGGCAAGAGCAUAAUACUCCCCCUCCUCAAUCUCCACCCUCCCCGCCGCCGCCACUCGCUCCGCUUUCACCAGCGCCUUCGACACCCUCUACAAUGAUUCCCCCUACCUCAACGGGAUGACCUGCGUGGCGCUGGCCAGUGGAAUUGCCAAGCACGUCCUGCGAGGCAAGUACGUCGAUGUUGGCCAGGAUUUGGAAGACAUACUUGCCCAGGCUGAGGCGAUCAAUCAGGAUGAGAAUCUGUACUCGUUGCAUACCAGUUUUUUGGGUGGGUUGGGGAAUGGGGGGACUGGGGCU